GUGUGAGGCUUUAAAAGGCGAGCGAGGUAGAGUCGCUAGCAGCAGUUGCCGCCAUGAAGAUGCUAACUUGUCUCCUCUUCCUGUUUGCUAGCUUUAGCAGCGUCGCCACAGACGACGAAUGUUCGCCUUUGACCACGCCGCUGUCUCUGGACCAACGCCAGCAGCUGACGGGCACCAGGAACUUCAUCUCGGGCUACUCGGACCAUGACGUGUACAACGCCAUCCUCAAGAUCACCCAGAGCAGUGUGAUGACCUUCAACGAGUCGACCUUCAACGACAAGGACGUGUUUGUGUACGAGGAGAUGAAGAUGAACGGAACUUGUUACGGAACCAAACUGAACAUCAGCGUGGAUCACAACCUGGCCUCGGCAAUAAUGGGCACCAUCUCGUCCACCAUGCACUUUCUGCCCACCUGUGAAGGUUGCCAGGUGCUCAGCAUCAACAGCACCGCCCGAGACCUGAAGACCUUCUUGGAAGCUUUCCAGGUCUACAUUCCUAACAACACCAACGACGAGAUGAAAGUACGCGCCCUCUACCUCUUUGCGAGCGGGGACAGCGUGAAGGACUCGGACUUGGAACACUUCAAGAAACAGGCUCAAUGUUUGGGCUUUUCCGGAGAACCCAACUUCAUAUUUGACCCCAAAGAAGGUUCCUGUGCUGGCAGCAAGAUCGUCAUGUUGAACUGAAGCAAGCAAUAAAAAAUAAUAACAUCAA